AUGGUCGAGGCAUCCGACAUCAUCCUGAUCCUCUUGGCGAUCUUCUUCCCGCCGGCGGCCGUCGCCUUUCUGACCGGUUGCUCGUGCGACUUGAUCAUCAAUAUCCUCCUCACCAUCCUGGGUGUGCUGCCGGGAACGAUCCAUGCCUUCUGGCUCAUCUUCAAGAAGAUGCGGGCCGAAGAGCGCUACGGACAGGGUGGCAUCAAGUACACGGGCAACGGCGAGUGGGUGCCCACUGACCACGUUCAGCAGGGCCCUUACUACCCCCACGGCGGCCCUCCUCCCCCGCAGUACGGCGCCACAAACAACUACUAG